AUGCCAUCCCUGGUGUCAGGUCGCCAUCGGACACCUGCCGAGCUGCAGGCGGCUCUGAAGGUUGUUAACGACCAGCUGGCUGACGCCAACGAUUUGGAGCGACCAGCUCUAGAGUUGGUGGCUCAGAAGCUGACGGAGGAACUUGUGGAGGUCGAGCGCGAACUUGCACAGAAAAAAGGCUCAUCAGACGGCCAUGUUGGCAGCGGCGAUGGCAGCACCAGCCUACAAACAUCUGAAGUACCACAGGGGUCCGCGUCCGUUUCACAACCCUCCGGCGAGUCCGGUGACCAGCCGACAAUCUCCGGUGGUGAUGAAGAUUUAGUCACUUUCCUGAAGGGUUUGCCCAAGGUUCGAGUCGAGGAUGGCGUUCAGAAGUACGUGCUCAUUCGAGUAGAUCCUGAACAAAACGAAACGAAACGCUUUGAGACAACCAUCUACCUCGUCCGGGGCAAUCCUCAGGCGGAAUACCAUUACCAGUGUGCCCUGGACACCAUCAAGGAGCUGGAAAGCAAGGGAAUAGAAGCGGAGGUACAAGGCGGCGGCCGCAUUGAGUGCCGCAUGAAGGACCGGCAAAUUGAGAUUUACGGCCACUCUUACCAGUACGGCCGAGCAGAUCACUCCAUCACCGCGCAGCUGAUCAAGCAAUUCUUUGGCAGUGAUUACCAGGUUUCGUGGGGCGACUACGGCUACUGA